UCCCAAAUUUGAUCCGAUUAUCCGACUGAACCCUUUAACUCCUUGGCCUUUGCUAAAAACAAUCCUCCCCUUGCUAGUUGCCAAUGCUUCACAAGCUUAGCGUCAGAAAAUUUUUGAGGCUUAUCGAAGAGAGAGAAAGCGUCGAGAAUUAUCAACGGAGGAGUCGAAGAAUUCAUCAUGUCAGACUGAAUUACCGGAUGAAGUAUUAUUCGAGAUUCUCUCACUAUUGCCGGUAAAAUCCCUAAUUCGAUUCACAUCUGUUUGUAAAAGUUGGUUCUCUCUCAUCAAAUCUCCUGAAUUUGUCGCAAAACAUUAUGCUACUCGCAAUGAUUCACUGCAACAAAAUGACUGUCAUUUUCUUGUAGCGUAUUCUUCGUAUUCUGAUCCAAUUGCUAAGUUUUUAUCCUAUGAAACUCUAGAAAUUUCCUCAGUUUUUGAAUGUAAACCUUUUGAUAGCUCUUCUGAUCCAUUAUUCGCUAUUUCUUGGAGAUUCUUUGGUUCUUGUAAUGGCAUUUUUUGCGUCGAAGUGCAAAAAUUCAAGAAUGUUAUAAUAUUAUGGAAUUCUGCUACCAGAGAGGUUUUUGUGCCGAAUCAACCCCGCGGAGUAUUGAAUUUUGUAGGGUUUGGAUUUGACGAUAAAGCAAAUGAUUACAAGAUUGUAAUGUUUGAUUAUAAUGGGAUUGUGGAGUUGUACUCGCUUCGUUCUGAUAGUUGGACUAGUGUUGAGGCUGAUUUUUCGUUUGGUGAGGAUAAAGAUAUCUUUGAACAAAUUGAUCCUACCUCAAAUGGAAGUAUGUAUACUUGGAUGGUUUAUGACUCAUUGUGUAAUGGACUUUGUCUUUUGUCAUUUGAUAUGAUUGAUGAGGUUUUUGUAGAGACGCCAAUGCCGGAUGGUAUCAAGGGAUGCUAUCUAUGUUUUAUGCAACAAAGGUGUAAUCAAUCUUUUCCUGCUCUUCUUUCAUUCGACUUGGUUAAUUGUUCAUCCAGAGCUGAGAGUAUUGAUGUAUGGGUGUUGAAUGAGUAUGGUCCGUCUGGGUAUUGGACUAAAGAACUAUCACUUGCUUGGCCUGAGCAUGUAAUUUUGGGCGCACCUAGGGGAUUGUGGAAGAAUGAGGGGGUACUUUUUAUUGGUCAAGAGAGAGUUCUUACUUGUUAUAAUACUGUUACACAAGAAAUGAGAUUGCUUCAAGUUCCGGGACAGCAACUACUUGGCUAUACCGAGAGUCUAAUUUCCAUUAAAGAUUUGUGCCUGCCGGAAAAACUAGAGGGUCGUUCGGAUAGAAUGGGCUUCCAACAAGCUAGAGAAGUAGAAAGUUCUGAAUCUGAUGAAGAUGAUGAGGAUCAGGAUAUUUAUGAAAUACCUUAUUAUAUCUGUGAAAUCAACCAACCAGUUCUUUCAAACCCCGUUACAUUUUAGGUAAAUUUUCAGUCCUUCCUGUCUCAGCAUUACUGUUUGGAUAGCUCUGACAUUCUUUCUAUUGCAUGCAUGUCUAGAGGUAUUCAGUGGGAACCGUAAGAGUUCAAAUUAAUAUUUAUUUUGUUUGGAUAAUAAUUUUGGAGAGAAAAGAAAGGGAGAGAAAAGAAGGAAAGAGAAAUGGAAGGGAAAUAACUCUUGUUUGUAAACGAGGGAAUGGAAGGAAAUAGAAGGAAAAGAAAGGAAGAUGGAAGCUUUCCAUUCAAAUUUUUCCAACUUUAGAGAGAAACCUUAACAAAAAGUCAAAAGGUAUCUAUUAAAUCCUUCUAAUUCGUUCCCAUUUUUCCAUCCAAAUAAGAAGUUCUUCCUCCCUCUAAAUUUCUCCCCCUUUUUCCCUCUAUUUUCUUCCAUCGAAACACACCUUAAAGAGAAAUUGUUGUAGGUCUGGUCUUUCACAUGUGUGAAGUUUCAAUCUUUGGCUGUCUCCUUCACUGACCAGCACCACAUAACCUAAUUUACGCACUUGGAAAGACCAACUCUAGCUAAGGGAUUCUGACCAACUGGAUUGCUUUCUUCUUUACUGUUGUGCACUAUUAUAACAUAGUUGUGGGAUCUGCUCUUUUUUUUCGUACCUAUUGCCCAGUUCACGAGCCAUAAGAAUGUGGUCUUUAUUCACCAUACCUUAAUUGAAACACUACUCUGAGCAAAAUCAACCAGAUAAACUUCUUUGAUUUCACUGUUGCUUCUUGUUUUGAAAGAUUAACGUUCUUCCACUCUAUUUGUGCUUCAUAGUCACUUGUUUUUUCCUUCUUCAACCUGUAGGUGCCAUUCGGCAUGAUGUCAACAGUUGAUGAAAUAAGGUUCUACUUGCUUUAAGAAUACAGUACUCGUCUAGGUGUAUACUGUUUAAAACAAAUCAUCAAAGGGGUUUUUUGUAUGCACAAAGUAACUGCUUUUGUGUUCCUUGUUUCUGGGGAAACAUCUAUAUGAGCCAAGUAUUCUUUUGAUAUACUUCACUGUUAGAGUAGGCUAACGAAUGCGGAAGCGUAAGCCUAAAGGUGGCAUGAAAGGUUAAUGACUAUGGCUUGAAGGUGCACUAAUGAACUAUAGUUAUAUGCAAGUGUUAAGGUGAUUUAAGCAAUAAAAGUAAAGAAAACAUUAACACUAAGAUUAAGGUGGUUCACCAUUAAUAAGGCUACAUCCAUCAUUCUAGACUAGUGCAUCAUUAUGUGUUUAAAGGAUAGAGGAGCUUGAAAGCUCAUUACAAUGUUGAGGGAAUUACAUAGCUAUACAUUGAGUAGAGAAUAAGACAAUAGUAAGGAUAGAUGGGAGGCUCAAGCUUUGUAGCUUGGCUCUACUUCAAUACAUACAACAUAUACACAUAUAUAGGCAAAGGAGGACUUAAGAAGCAAUGGACCAAAAGAAACAAACAAGCAGCAUGCUCAAAAAAGGGUACCUGUACCUUGCUCGACCUGAGCUUGAUUGAGCGGCUCGGUCGAGCGGCUGCCAGCUGCCUUAUGUUGCCGUUUCCAGUUUUGUUGCACGGUCUUCAAAGUUCCCUAUGGUCUCCCCUUAUGCACCCAUAGUUAGUGUAUAGUACAUUGUCUUAUUUAUCAAUGGCAAACCCACGUGAAAUACUCCAUUGCUUUGUUUUAUGCACACAGUGCGUACUACUUUAUGAAUUAGAGUAUGUUAUACCACUCACACAUGCUUAAGGUCUAGUAAACACUUUGUUACUUUUAACCUUUAAACCAUAAUUCUUCUACACUUUAAUUGUCAUUUAACAUAUAACUAACUAAUAUAAGACUCAAAUCACACCUUUUUCAUUCACCAUUCUACUCUCCAAUCUUAUUAUAUUAACCUGUACUUGACACCAUCUUUUAAAGAAUAUGCCUUUUUUUUUUUGUGACAUAAUUAAAAACUUAUGUUUGAAACAUUUGAAUUUUAAGCCGUUCCUUGGUAUAAUAGACCUUUCCAAUUGGUGCUUUAAUUAGUACUUAUUUCUUAGUUUUUACCCUAGAGUAUGAAACCGUAUGGAAGUUGGUGCUCUUUGGUUCAAGAAAUACAACCCUAACCAAAGAAAUUAUUAGAAAAAAAAAAUAAAGUACAAUUUGUAAGUUAAAUAUAUAUUAGCAAGUAGCUUAUACUACGUCCAUCCAAUAAUGUUUUUUUUACUCUGUUUUGGGUUGUUUUAAAAGUUCAAUAUUUAUAAUUACUUAUAAUUGAGACAUGAAUUUAUACUAUAGUAUUUAAUUUCAUACUAAUUUUUGGUAAUCAUAAGUGUGUAAAGCUAAAGCAAAGUCAAAUUACACAACCCAUUAUUCGAUGACGUUUCAAAAUCACGUGUUUUUUUGUUUAUUUAAUUUUUAAAUGUGCUAAUUAUUUUUUGAAAGGAGUUGUACACGUUAAUGCAAGUGCACACGAGCUAUUAACAUUUAACAGUAUUGUUUUAGAAAAUAAUUUUUGUCAUAAAUUUUAAUUUUAUCACCUCAUCAUUAUUUGUAUCAUUUUAUGAUGUUACAAAUUUAUAAAUUUGAGAGCACAAAACAAAAAUGGACCCACUAAAAACCAGAAAAAAUAAAAUAGAUAAGUUAAAUUAUUAAAAAAAGCACGAAAUAAGAUGAAAAUCAAAUUAUUUCCAAAAAUAAGCGUCUAAUUUUUGAACUUGAGGUUUGGUUCUGUUCGCAGUUAGUAACUGCGAACAGGUGCUUAAUUUUUUAAAAAGGCAAAGAAGUUGUUUGCAGUUAGUAAUUGCAAAUAGGGUUGUUGACUUUUUUGACCUUGUUCGUAGUUACUAACUGCGAACACUGUCGAGCAUAAUGGGCCUAUUAGUGACUGCGAACAAGGUCAAAAAAGUCAACAGCCCUGUUCGCAGUUGCUAACUCCGAACAACGUUGCCUUUUUAAAAAAUUAAGCACCUGACUGCGAAUAGAACCAAAUCUCAGAUUUGGAAAUUAGACGCUUAUUUUUGAAAAUAAAUUGAUUUGCGUCAUAUUUCGUGCUUCUUUUUUUUUUAAUUUUUUUAUAUAUAAAUUAGCUUAUCUAUUUCAAUUUUUCCUAAAAACCAUAUUAUGCCACUAAUUGAGCAAGAAAGCCCAUGCAUUAUGUUUCUAGCUAUGUAUUCAUACUAUUUCGUAUCCUUAAAUUAGUAUUAAAGAGAAAAUUAGUUACUUUUUUCUAAACAGUUGAUAUUUGGUUAUAGUGAAUUAAGAGAGGGAUUGAAUUAUAUAGAUGAAAUUAAAAGCGAAUUAUAAUAUGAAAAUGAUGCAAAAAGAGUAAAACUGUAAAACAACUCAAAAUGACAAAUAAAAAUAUAGUGAGACUAAAAAAUAAAUAUUUUGUGUUGUUAAAGUUUUCAUCUUUUGCAACAUAUAUAUCAAAAAAACUCACGUAGAAAACUUAAAUAUUACAAAUUUAAUGGAACGAAUAUUCAAUUAUGAUUGCAUAUCAGUUUAAGAGACAAUGGUGCCUAUUGUAAUCUUUGAACUUUUUCUUAAUGAUGAUCUUUGCUUAGAUUGACGGUUUUGUCUAAUUAUUUAGAUCAUUAUAUUAAUGUGGCUUGAUUUUUAAUAUUGUAAGUUUGUCAUGUUGCAAUUGAUUUUGCUUGUUAUUCAUAUGAUGUUUAUUGGAUAGAUAACAUAUUGAGGUUAGAUAGUGACUAAGUAGUUAACCUUUACAAUUGAAUAUAAUCAACUAUUAUUUUUUUCAAAUAAAGGUUAUCCGUUCGAUUUUUACCUAGUCAAUUUCUUCUUUCAGUCUAGGUUAUAAUCCAAAAAAGUAAUGAGUCUUUGCUCGGUUAUUUAUUAAGGGCAAAGGUUUUCCUUUACGACUUGUCAUAAAUCCCGAUUAGGUUUACGAAUGAGUCUGAUAGCUUCAAAAGUAAAUAUAGAGCCUCAACGUAUUACAUAGUUAAUGCACAUGCUUGUACAUUAAUUUAAACUCUUUUUUUAGUAUAAGGUAGGCUGAGGAAAUUAAAUAUCUAAAAAAAGGAUCAACGAGAAUCAAACUCAAAUUCUUCAUGAAAAAAAUAAUACAUACUCUAACUGAAAAAAGACCUGAUCGUAAAGACAAAUUUUGUUCCUCCAUGAACCCAAGUCUAAACUCAAUUACUCCACGAACAACUAAGUACCACUUCUAAUGAUAUUGUCUCAAAACCCAAGGCUUUUAUGUAAGCAUGCAUAUGCAUUGUUUGACUUUGCUUUAAAUCAUUAGGUUGGUGUUUCAUGUGGGUUUGACAAUUAUACUUGUUUUGGUAUGGAUUCACUUUUACUUAACUACUCCAUGAUUUUGUUUGAGUUUAAAGGAUUUAUAUUUACCAAAUCAAUAUUCUUACUUUAUUAAUUUAACUAAUGAGGUUAUACUAUUAUACUUGAUGUAUUCAAGUAUAGACAAAUCCAACCUAACAUGUAUGUCAAUUCCUUAUACUUUACGAUAUCAAUAUGUAUUUGUAAUUACUUGACUAAAUAUAUUUACACAUAAAAUGAAUAACAUGCAUUAAUUAUAUUAUUUUUUUAGAUAUUUAACAUUUCUUUUUUUUUUCAAUGAGACUUGGUCUUUUAUCCUUUUAAUUAGUCAUUUCUAAUUCUAAGCAAGAUAGACAUUUGCUUAGGGCGGCCUAGAGGGUCGGGCUCCAUAUCUCAAGUUCUCAACUCAAUAUGCACUUUUAAUUAGGCUAAUUCAUUUAUUGAUUAAGAAGUAUAUAAUACAUUUACAUUUAUAAUGAUAAUUAUAAUAUAUGAAGUCUGUCUCUUUUAUUUUGUCAAGCAACCAUUAAAAAUCAGAAUCAAUUUUUCAUGAUAAUAUA